AUGGCUCACUUCACUACCGAAGAAGGGACUCUCACCACCCCCGACGGCCAAGUCCUCUUCUCCAAAACAUGGACACCCACCAUCCCCACCAAAGCCCGCAUAGUCUACCUCCACGGCUUCUCCGACCACUGCGAACAGCACGCCACAUUCUUCCAAAACAUCGCCAAACAUGGCAUAAAGACGCACGCGUUUGAUCAAAGAGGUUGGGGUAAGAGCGUACAAGCGCCGCGAGAAAAGGGCCUCAGCGGGCCCACAAGCCAAAUCAUGGACGACAUCACACAUAUGAUCAAUAGCCUACCACAUCAUCCUGAUCAACCCAUCUUCCUCAUGGGCCAUAGUAUGGGCGGAGGUGAGGUCCUCUACUACGCAGCAGAAGGUCCCAAAGACACCAAGAAACGUAUUCGAGGCUUCGUGGCUAGCGCGCCGUGGAUAUCUGUGCAUGAAACUACAAAGCCCUGGAAGAGUACAGUGAUUAUAGGACGUAUUGUGGGGAAGCUUAUGCCUCAUCGACAGUUGGUUCAGAAGCUCGAUGAGAAGAAAUUGUCUCGGGAUCCUGAUGUCUGUAGGCAGUGGAAGGAGGAUCCGCUCUGUCACGACACUGGAACGUUGGAGGGCUUUGCUGGGGCUUUGGAUCGGGGAGCGGCGCUGGAGGAGGGUAGGGUCAAGAUAAAGGAUGGGGAGGGAGAGGGCGGUAAGACGAGAGUUUGGAUUGGGUUCGGGACAGGAGACGCCGUACUGAGCUUCGACGUGGCCAAGAAGUGGUAUGAAGGGCUGAAGGUAGAAGAUCGGGAAUUCCACACCUAUGAGGGGUGGUUCCACAACUUGGAUAUUGAACCCGGCGAGGACAAGGUAAUAUUCGCGAACGAUGUAUCAAAGUGGGUGCUAGAUAGAAGUGACAGCGUAAGUGGGAGGUCAAAACUAUAA